CAGGCAUAAAAGGCAGCCUGGGUGGCUUGGAAGCUUCCUCUUUGAGAAGACAGCAGAGCCGGGUCUCCGGGGAGCAUCCACCUUCUCCACAGUGCUCUCUGGGUUCCUGCAGAGCAUUCCUGCUGCUGUCACCAAAGCAGCAGAUUUGCCAUCUCAUUAUUAAUUACCAUUUAGAGGAGACCGAGUAAAGGAUAUUUGCAUGAUUAAUAUUUCGCAAUUAAGGUUGGAGACACAGACAGCAGCAAAAAUGGAAGAACAUUACACAGGAAUUUUAGAGAAAAUGUCACAAGUAAUCCUGAAAAAAAUGCCAAAGGCUCACUAUUCCAGUUUAUUCAAUGAUUUUGUUGAAUCUGAGUUUUUCCUGAUUGACGGAGACUCAUUACUUGUCACGUGUGUAUGUGAGAAGUCACUUAAGCCGGGGCAGAGUCUCCACUUCUUCUACCUGGUUGAGCGCUACCUGCUGGAUGUCAUUAGUAAAGGAGGACAUUUUGCCAUAGUUUUCUUCAAGGAUGCUGAAUAUGCAUACUUCAGUGUCCCUGGACUUCUUACACUGAGAACUGCUUUAAUUAUGCACCUUCAGAAGAAUACAGACAUUGAUGUUUGGACUGAAUUUUCUGGAUGCUUGUCAGAGGAGUGGAGUAUUUCCCUGGGUCAGAGAUGCCCAUAUUUCCUGAUUCUUGCCGAUGAAGGCCUGAACGACCAGCAGACACACCUUUUCAACUUUCUAGUCAUUCAAUCUUGGGCAGCAAAGGUCAACAUCGUGCUCUUCUCAGGGCAAACAUCUGACAUCAUCCGUCUUUAUGCAUAUUUUAUGCAAAGCUCAUAUUCAGAGCAACUGUUUUUCAAGCAGUUUGAGAGGGACAUUAUGAUUGAUUAUAAAACCCUGAUUCAACAGUUAGAAAAAUAUAAAGACCUGGAUUUAACAACUCUAUUUGGAGAUGUAAAAUUCAAUAAUAUGGUGGAAAAGGCUUGGGAGACGAUGUCUCUGCUCAAGCAACUCUGGCCAGAAGGCUCUGACAUCCGGCGAGCCCUUUGCGUCACUUCAUGCUCCCUCUUCUUGGAAAUGUACCACUGCUUCUUAGACAACAGAGAGAAGAAAGCCUCCCAGCAGACGUGCAAAGGCAAGCAGGAACAAGGUAGUUGUUUAACCCUGAAGGAUGUGGAAGACUUCUGUAAGCUUCAUUGCCUCAGUGUGGUUUUUCAACUCCACCUACCUCUUUCCCAGAGAGCCUGCUCAAGAUUCAUCACUUCUGGUUGGAUUGAGGACCUCAAGACUGUCUUUAAAAUGAAACAGUGGUGCGAGUAUUUCAUCCUAAGUAAUGUGUACAUGUUUGAAAUUUGGCGUUUGGAUUUACUUCACCUUUCUGAUUUUAGAGAUGAGCCUUUGAUGAUGAAUAUUGCUUUUUACUAUGAAAAUGAAAAUGCAGAAGGCCUGGAUUUGAAUGUAGGAGAUGUCAUCAUGAAGGAGUAUGUACAUCUCUGGGAUACUGUGUCAAAGUUGGUCAGAAACUUUGAGGUGGAAAAACCAUUUCCUUUGAGAACAACAAGAUGUCAUUUUCUUAAAAAGAUCCCAUCACCAAUCAAAGAAUGUUCACAGGAGAAGAUGAUAAACUUCGGUUUUAUUCCAUUGUCAUGUAGUUUGGUUGAUGAAUUUGCUGGAGAUAUUUUGAAAGACUUGCCUUUCCUAAAGAAUGAUGAUCCUGUUGUUACAUCAUGGAUUAAGCAUAAGGAAUUUAAUGAGCUUGUGCACUGGGAUUCCCAGAGACCCCUCAGUGAUGAUUAUGACAAGAAAAAUGCCAAACUUACUGAACUUUCAAGAGACCCCCGUUGUCUUAGAAGUUUGCAGAAGUAUCAUGUUUUUCAACGACUUUAUGGGAAAUCGUUAGAAACAGUCUCUUCUAAGACCAUCACAACUCAAGGUCCUAAGGUGAAGAAGGAUAGCAGUAAGUCCAGAAGCAUAAAGGCACAUGAGACCAAGGCUGAAAUAAUUGCUAGAGAGAAUAAGAAAAGGUUAAUUGCCAAGGAAGAACAAAGAGAAGAAGAAAAAUGGAAGACCCUGUCAUCUUCUAUUGAGAAGGAGAUGAAAACGAAUUUAAGCUCUGGGUUGAAGAAGCUGGAAGAGUUUUUGAAAUCAUGUAAAAGUAACCCAGUAAAAGUUCAGGCUGAAAAAGUUGGGUUAAUGGCUUGCUUGACAGCAUGGAAGGAUUAUUGCCGAGCUGAAGGUGAAACAACAAAAGACUUUAGCAUAGCUGUCGAUAUGAUGAAGAGAAUCCACUCCUUGCUGGACAAACACUCUGAACUUCUGCAAGAAGCAGAUCGGAAACUCAUAGCCAGAUGUCUUACCUGUUUAGGGUUUGAUGAGCUAGCAAAUUCUUUGUAUUCAACACAGAAUGCAGCAGAUGACAUAAAAAUGACAAAGAAGAAUAAGCAUUCAAUUGGAAUUGGACCAGUUCGCUUCCAACUACAAUAUAUGGGUCAUCAUUUGAUACGAGAAGAAAGAAAAGAUCCAGAUCCCAGGGUUCAAGAUUUUAUUCCUGAUGAAUGGCAGCGAGAGCUCCUGGAUGUGGUGGAUAACUAUGAGUCUGCAGUGAUUGUUGCCCCCACAUCCUCUGGCAAAACCUAUGCUUCCUACUACUGCAUGGAGAAGGUGCUGCAGGAGAGUGAUGAAGGCGUGGUUGUGUAUGUCUCACCCACAAAGGCGCUUGCUAAUCAAGUGGUAGCGACUGUUCAAAAUCGUUACACCAAAAUUCUUCCAGCUGGUGAAGUUCUGUGUGGUGUUUUCACUAAGGACUACAGUCAUGAUGCCCUUAACUGCCAGGUGCUUGUUACCGAUCCUGUUUCGUUUGAAAGUCUGCUACUGGCUCCUCAUCGCCAAAGGUGGGUGAAGAGGAUCAGAUACGUCAUAUUUGAUGAGGUACAUUGUCUUGGUGGAAAAAUGGGAGCAGAAAUCUGGGAGCAUCUCCUUGUGAUGAUCCGAUGCCCAUUUUUGGCCCUUUCAGCCACCAUAAGCAACCCUCAGGAUCUUACUGAGUGGCUCCGAUCAGUAAAGAGGUACUGGAAAGAAGUAGACAGUGCAAUGGGAGAAAAAACUUUGUCCAAAAGAAAUGCUGGUUCUCGUGGCAGUCAUCACAAAGACCAAGCACAAGCCAGACAGUCAUACAAAGUUAGACUUGUGAUCUACGGAGAGAGAUACAAUGACCUAGAGAAGCACGUAUGUUCUGUGAGACAGGGUGACGUUUGCUUUGAUCAUUUUCACCCAUGUGCCGCACUAACCACAGAUCAUAUUGAAAAGCAUGGAUUCCCUUCUGACCUUGUCUUUUCACCUCGAGAAAGCAUCCAGCUAUAUGACACUAUGCUUCAGGUCUGGAAGAGUUGGCCCAGGGCCCAGGAUCUGUGUCCAGAGAACUUCACUCAUUUUAAGAACAAAAUAGUUAUUAAAAAGUUGGAUGUUAGAGAAUAUGAGAAGACCUUAAAGGAAGAAUUCACAAACUGGAUUAAAAACGGGAACGAGGAGCAGGCUAGAAUGGUGCUGCAGAAGCUGAGUCCCGACUUCCAUGACCACUCAGAAAGGAUGCUGGACUUCUUUCCACAUCUUGUUGAGAAGCUCAGGGAAAUGGAUAAGUUGCCUGCAGUGUUUUUUCUAUUUAGAUUCGAGUCUGUAGAAGAAUGUGCCAAGGCUGCUUGCCAAUUUCUGGAAGAUAAACAGGAGGAGACGAGGUCUUCGAAAGCUGAUAAAGAAGCUCAUGUCAUUGCUAAUAGACUUCGAAAAGUUAAAAAAUCUUUGGAGAAACAAAAGAUAAGAGAUGAAAUGAACGAAAAGCCUUCCAGAAGAUUGGAUCAAAGCAUCAUACAUGAAGCUGAACAUGAUUACCUCCUGAAGAGUCUGGAGAAGAACCUGGAGAUUCCCCAGGACUGCACAUAUGCUGAUCAGAAAGCAAUAGAUGAUGAGUCAUUGCAGAUGGUGUUUAAACGAGUGAAACAUGAAAUUAAUGGUGACACCCUGAAGACUUUGGCAAGAAGGGGCAUUGGCUAUCAUCACCGUUUCAUGUCCAACAAAGAAAAGCAGUUAGUGGAAAUUCUCUUUAGGAAAGGAUUCAUUAGGGUGGUGACUGCUAAUGAAACACUCGCUUUAGGAGUCAACAUGCCAUGUAAAUCGGUGGUUUUUGCUCAAAACUCUGUCUAUCUGGAUGCUUUAAAUUUCCGACAGAUGUCUGGUCGGGCUGGAAGACGAGGACAAGACCUGCUGGGUGAAGUCUACUUCUUUGAUAUUCCACUGCCCAAGAUAGAAAAGCUCAUAAAAUCCAAAGUGCCUGAGCUGCGAGGCCAGUUUCCUCUCAGUAUCUCACUCAUUCUGAGACUCAUGCUGCUGGCCUCCAAGGCAGAUGACCCAGAGGAUGGCAAGGCAAAGGCACUGUCAGUGCUGAGGCACUCACUGUUAUCCUUCAAAAAUGACCGAGUCACAGACAUGUUAAAGCGUUACUUCUUAUAUUCUUUGCAGUUCCUGGUGAAAGAGGGAUUUAUAGAUCAAGAAGGUAACCCUACAGGGUUUGCUGGCCUUGUAUCACAUUUACAUGACCAUGAACCGUCUAAUUUUGUUUUUGUCAAUUUUCUUGUAAGAGGUCUUUUCCAUAAUCUUUGUCAGCCAACUCAUGAAGGUUCAAAACGUUUUUCUGAAGAUGUAAUGGAAAAGCUGGUCUUAGUAUUGGCAAAUCUUUUUGGAAGAAGAUAUAUUCCAGCCAAGUUCCAAGAUGCUGACAUCAAUGGUUAUCAAUCAAAGGUGUUCCUUGAGGACCUCCCUGAGGACUUCAGUGAGGCCCUGCUUGAGUACAACACGCAAGUGACAGAGGACUUUGCUGCUUUUCUGCGAAUUGUGUCCCGAUUGGCUGAUAUGAAACAGGAAUAUCAACUCCCCUUGUCAAAAAUUGAAUUCACAGGUAAAGAACGUGAAGACUCGCCACUUGUGUCUCACCUGAUGAGCUUCAGGGAAGGAAGGAUGACAGUUUCACCAUUUGUUUGUCUGUCUGGAAACUUUGAUGUGGAUUUGCUUCGUCCAGGAGUUCCAAAUAAUGUCGUUCUGCACACAAUUGGUAUCGAUCACACCCGAGCCCCAGUGCUGUGGCCACACAGAUUCGAUAGCACAGGAAGAAAAAUGCCACUUAGCGCAUAUGCACUUGACUUUUAUAAGCAUGGAUCGCUUGUGAGAUUAGAGAAGGAAAACAGGAUACAUCAAGGGAAAGCUUAUGAUCUACUGAAAUAUUUUUCCCUCACCAUUAAAUCUAUCAGUGUUGCCUUACGUGAACUGUGUGAAAAGGAGGAAGACAACGUUGUUUUAGCAUUUGAACAAUUGUCUAUGUCCUUUCAUGAGAAGUUUGAAAAAGUGUGAAAAGAAAAGCUAUAUAAAUCACCUAAAAUAUCACCAUAGAAGCUUUGGAAUUUGUAUAUUUUUUAUUCUUAUGUUUUGAUCAGGCAAUCAUACACAAUGAAAUGGAAUGAGCAAGCAACUUACUGUGUUUGGCUCUGAGCACCCUUGGCUGUACCACUUGGUGUGCCAAAGUUGUGGUUUCUAGAAAUGAUUCACUAAAACUGCUUAUGUCUCCAAAUUAUUGAAGAUUGAAUGAGAAAAUGCAGGAUUUACAUAUAUAUGUUUGAAGAAUUAUUUAUACUCUGCAAGAUCCAAACAAAUAUUUAUUUAAAUACUUUCACUGUUAAUAGAUGUAAAAGUUUAUUGAAACUAGAAAAGUAAUAAUUGCAGAAUCCUGAAGAUGUAAUACAUUCUUUCCAGUAAAUAUAAAAUGAUUAUACUGCUUAAAGAGCAAGCUGUUGAAAUAGUAAAUCUUACUAAAUAAGUUGCUUGUAAAAAUUAUUUUUAUUUAUUUUUGUGAAGCUUUAAAAGAAACAAAUAGCUAAUAUUUUGCUCCUUUUUAUUUGUGUAUACAUGAUUGUUGAAAUAAUGACCUCAUUGGUUUCAUUUGUGUGAAAUAUAUUUAUCUAAUAAUUCACUUGCAUGGUACCAUUUAUUCUGCAGAAUUAUUUACUUAAAAUCAUUUGUAAUUGAGGCCUUAGCCUUGAUUCUCAACUGUAGAAUCUAUUUGAAACCCUCAAAUAGAAUUUACAACACUGAAUCCUCAAAACAAAGGAUGAGUCUUUUCUGUUACUUGGGCAUUUCACCAUAAGUAGAUUGUUGUGAUUUAAAAAAAAUGUUAUGGUACAUUUAUUCCUGAAGCAAAAUAAAAUUAUAAUUACUGAAAAUGAUGUAGCAUUUCAUGAGCAAUGUUAGAAAUCUCUACCUUGGUAGUGGUGGUACGGGAUGCAGUCUAAACUGCUUUUAUUCUUUAAAUGUUACAGCAGUGCUAUAAACUGAGACAUUUAGGAUCCUGUCUAGCACCUCCUAUUUCCUACCCAGUGGAACAUUACACAAUGUGAAAUUGAUUGUGAUGUUAUUUGUAACUCAAUGCUUGUACUUAGGAGUCCAGAUGGGAAAAGAAGAUGUCUCCCACGCCUAUAUGCGAAAUCUAACAUGUCUUCUAGAGUUUUAGAAGAAUGAGUUCAUUUUUGCCAUCUGGGGUCUUCUUAAAAGUGCAGGAUUAUAUGUAACAUCAUUGAAGUGCAUCCCCUGGGAGUGGGAGUGGACUGCUUCUUUAGUCUUUAGCGAAAUCUAAAGAGAAAGCAGGAACAAUUUCUCAAAAGUGAAUUUAGGAGAAACACAUCAACAAAAAAGUGGAGCUCAGAAAACCUACAAAAACUAUGAACUGGCAAAAUAUUUUCCUAGAAUCCUUUAGAAGAAGAUAGAGCUUGUGAUGAUUCCUUGAACCCCAGAGAAGAGAAAAACCAGGCAAUGCGAGGGAUGGGUAUCCUGGGCCAUGAUACUUAUCCCUCAGAUUUGGCAGGUUUCACACAUGGAAAAAUGUCCCAGACAUAAGCGAGUUGUACAUCGGAGAAAGUGAGUUCAAGGUAGAUAAGCUUUACCCUGUCUCCUGGGUCUCUUUCAUUGAGUUCAAACCUACCACUGUCCACAGAAACAGAGCAUGGGUCUGCAAUUUUCUAUUCAAAUAAAGUUUGGGUAUUACUCUAAAAGCAACAAGACAUAAAGUUGACAAGAUCAAACUUUAUUAAACUUUAAAUUUCUACAUAGUAAACAACCAACAGAACCAGAGAAAAUGCCUGUAAACUAUUUAUCUGAAAAGGCCGGGGGGUAAAACCAAAAUAUACAAGGAACUAAAGA